GCCCAACGAGACACCCCACCAUGACUCCCGGCUUUCCUCAUCGCCCAAAACAUUACCAACAAGCACUCUCCCACCCCCCAAAAUUUUCUGCUACUUCCCGUACCUUCGUCCCUUCUUCCCUCUCUCCAGCUUCGCAAUUGAUCCGAUCCCAUUGCUUUCCAUACUGCCCCUACGCCCCUCGACAAGAUCAUCAUGAGCGAACCACAAGGUGAUUUCGGCCUCAUCGGUCUGGCCGUCAUGGGCCAGAACCUCAUCCUCAACAUGGCCGACCACGGUUUCACUGUCGUCGCGUUCAACCGCACAGUCUCCAAGGUCGACCGCUUCCUGGAAAACGAGGCCAAGGGCAAGUCCAUCAUCGGCGCCCACAGCAUCAAGGAGUUCGUGUCCAAGCUCAAGAAGCCGCGCCGCAUGAUGCUGCUCGUCCAGGCGGGCAAGGCAGUCGACCAGUUCAUAGAGCUGCUCCUCACCGAGGGCGGCAUCGAGGAGGGCGACAUCAUCAUCGAUGGCGGCAACUCCCAUUUCCCGGACUCCAACCGCCGCACAAAGUAUUUGGCCGAGAAGGGCAUUCGAUUUAUCGGUACCGGUGUUUCCGGCGGUGAGGAGGGCGCGCGGUACGGCCCGUCCAUCAUGCCGGGCGGCAACGAAGAAGCUUGGCCGUACGUUAAGGACGUCUUGCAGUCGAUAUCUGCCAAGAGCGACGGCGAGCCUUGCUGCCAAUGGGUCGGUGACGAGGGAUCGGGCCACUACGUCAAGAUGGUCCACAACGGUAUCGAGUACGGCGACAUGCAGCUCAUCACGGAGGCAUACGAUAUCAUGAAGCGCGGUCUUGGUAUGUCGAACAAGGAGAUGGGUGACGUGUUCGCCAAGUGGAACAAGGGCGUCCUCGACUCCUUCCUCAUUGAGAUCACACGCGACAUCAUGUACUACAACGACGACGACGGCAAGCCACUUCUCGAGAAGAUCCUGGACUCUGCUGGUCAGAAAGGCACCGGCAAGUGGACUGCCAUCAACGCUCUCGAUCUGGGCAUGCCAGUCACUCUCAUCGGUGAGGCUGUCUUCGCCAGAUGUCUUUCCAGCUUGAAGGCCGAGCGUACCCGUGCCUCCACGAUCUUGUCCGGUCCGCCAGUCCCCCCAUUCGAGGGUGACAAGGCUCAGUUCAUCGACGACCUGGAGCAGGCCCUCUACGCGUCUAAGAUCAUCUCGUAUGCGCAGGGUUUCAUGCUGAUUCAGAACGCGGGCAAGGAGUACAACUGGAAGCUGAACAAGCCAGAAAUUGCGCUCAUGUGGCGUGGUGGCUGCAUCAUCCGCUCCGUCUUCCUCAAGGACAUCACCAAGGCGUACCGCGCGAACCCGGAUCUUGAGAACCUGCUGUUCGACGACUUCUUCAAGAAUGCCAUCCACAAGGCGCAACCUGGCUGGAGAAACGUCGUUGCAAAGGGCGCCCUGUGGGGAAUCCCCACCCCGGCCUUCAGCACCGCUCUGUCCUUCUUCGAUGGAUACCGCACCAAGGACCUGCCGGCGAACCUGCUGCAGGCACAGCGUGACUACUUUGGUGCGCACACCUUCCGCAUGAAGCCUGAGGCUGCGACCGCCUCCAAGCCUGCCGACACGGAUAUCCACGUCAACUGGACUGGUCGCGGCGGCAAUGUCAGCGCCAGCACGUACAACGCAUAAAAAGGAUUCUUUUUUUCCCCAACGCAAAGACCGACAAGAUGUCUGGUUGGCGCCGCAUGCUUUCUCGAAGCUGUAUAGACUGUUUUUUUGACACGAGAAGACAUAUCAAGGAGGUGGAAAAAAAAGAAUGGAGGACCCGAGACGGGCGUUUGAGAUACAAAUAAAAAUGGCCUGAUUGAGAAGAAGAUGUCUCAACGCGUAGGGUGUUGUCUUCGUCGUCGCUGCGUAAGGUGAAGAUGAUGAAACGAAUCUGUAGGGUCAGAGAUCAGUAAGAUAUAAAAACAAAUAUGACACGUCGCAUCUAGACACUCCAGGCAAAGUGGAAGGACUUUUCUGCUGGUUCUCAACAGCCGUGCAAGAAAGCAUUGGCCAAAGAAUUAAACGAUGCAAAUGUGCAUUUUGUGACGUUUUGUACAACCGUG